AGCCAAUGAAUGUUAUUGCACCAGCAUUUAUUCAACUCUUCAGAUAUUUCCGACCGCCCCUGAAGGCAGCAUAGUCUGUACGGAGACAGCGGGCAGCGGCGGCUCCCGGCGGAGCAGCGUUGCGAUUGGCCAGGGCGAUGAAGGAGGGGGAGGUCUUCUCUCUCCUCCCUCCUCGCCUCGCUACUGGCGCUCCUCUCCGCUCCUCUCCGCUCCUCUCCUCCGCUGCCAACCCAUCUCCUCUCCUCUCCUCCCCUCGCAUCCUAGAGGACAGAGAGAUGCGGAGACAAUAGGACGCAGAGUCGGAGGAGGCUGCGCGAUGCUCGGCGCCACAUCCACAGACCACACACGGCUGCACGGAGGCUUCUCUCGUAGGACGCCGUGACCAGGCGUUUCCUCCCAGCUCACCUGGCCCUAGUAUGCGCUCAGACCGUCCCGUGCGUCUACCAGGAGCCUGGGCUGACAGGGCGCACUUUGUCAUGGCAACACACUGAAGGUGACGCCAGCUUGUUCUGCCUGAGCAUCCGUUCCCCAGUUUUGUACCCCGAGCGUGGUCCAUCCCCUAAACCGGUCCACCACAGCAUGAGCUCCUCUCCGCUGGUGUCCCGGGCCAACAUGGACAUCCUGGACGAGCUGCAGCUGAUCGCAGCCCAGAACCUGGAGAGGCUGGAAGUCAACAAGUACUACGAGGUGAUCAGGGAGCUGGGCAAAGGCACCUACGGCAAGGUGGACCUGGUCAUCCACAAGAUCAGAGGCACAAAAAUGGCGCUGAAGUUCCUGAAGAAGAAGACGACCAAGCUGAAGUCGUUCCUGCGGGAGUACAGCAUCUCCCUCUACCUGUCUCCCUGCCCCUUCAUCAUCAACAUGUUCGGCAUCGCCUUUGAAACCGACGACUACUACGUGUUCGCCCAGGAGUACGCGCUGGCUGGAGACCUCUUCGACAUCAUUCCUCCACAGGUUGGUCUUCCAGAGGCCGUGGCCAAGCGCUGCGUGCACCAAGUGGCCAUCGCCCUGGACUACCUGCACUGUAAGAAGCUGGUCCACCGGGACAUCAAGCCUGAGAACAUCCUCAUUUUUGACAGGGAGUGCCGCAAGGUCAAGCUGUCUGACUUUGGCAUGACCCGCCGGGCUGGCUCGCCUGUUAAAAGAGUGAGCGGCACCAUCCCCUACACGGCCCCGGAGCUCUGCGACGUGUCCCGCCACGAGGGGUUCUGCGUGGACUACAGCACCGACGUGUGGGCCUUCGGCGUCCUUCUCUUCUGCAUGCUGACCGGCAACUUCCCCUGGGAGAAGGCGCUGCCGUCGGACUCCUUCUACCAGGAGUUCAUCCGCUGGCAGAGGAGGAGGACGAACACGGUGCCGUCACAGUGGCGCCGCUUCACCGAGCAGGCCCUCCGCAUGUUCCGCCGGCUUCUCUCCGUGGAGCAGGACCGGCGCUGCUCCGUCAAAGAGGUGUUCGGGUACUUCAGCCACUCCUGGAUGCUGGACGCGGAGAACAACAACAACAACGGCAACAGCAACACAGCAGGCGGAGGCGGCGGGGAGAGGGUCGGAGGAGGAGGGGGAGGAGGAGGCGUGCAAGUAGAGGCGAACGGCACGAUCUCGUCGUCCUCGUCCGGGGAGGAGGAUGAGGAGCUGCUGGUGGAGCGGAUGAAGCAGCAGACUUUAUCUCCCCUCUCUCCACUGUCACCUCACUCGCCCAUGUCUCCUGUGGCGGUGGAGAGGGGGAGCGGCGGCGGGGCCAAGGGUGGGAUGAUGGAGCCAGGCGGCGGCCACCAUUUCGUGCCCGUCUCCACCAGCAGCUCCGUGUCGUCCACCAACAGUUACGAUCGAAUGCCGCGGGAGAACAGUUCCCCGGGCGGACGCAUGCUGGUGGCCACGCCCAUCGAGAUCUGCGUCUGAGCGCGUCGGAAGAGAAAGACUCACCGGUACACACUUUUUUUUACCUCUCAUCCAACCACAUAGAUGUGCACUGCACAGAAAGUCUCUGUUUCUCAUGAGGUAAAAAAAAAAGGAAAAGAAAAAAGAUCCCCAUUCACACUUUGGAUUCAAUGACUUUUUGUGAAUCCCAGAGUACAAAAAAAAUUUGCUUCCAUUAGAGAUUCUGUCACUAAAACCGCCGGAUUAGAAGACCAAAAUGUAUUUCUUAAAGCAAUACUUCAGUAAAAAAAAAAGAAAAAAAAGAAGCAUAUAGAGACAGAAAGUGGCGGAAUGCCGUGUAAAAUCUUCAAGACGUCAAUUUUUGACGAAGCCGAGUGAAACGGAUUUGUAUUUUUGAAGAAGACUGAAACAGAGAUCAAGGAAAUACCUUCAAAAAAAACAAAAAAAACAAAAAACCCGGAGUGAGUGUUUGUUUGAAAUGUCUCAUGUGUAACAAAAAAUGUUAGAGUGUGAGUGUAUUACCGUGCGUUCUGUGUGUAUGAAUCUAAAAGAAGUGGUUUUAUUUUGCUUUGUGACCUUUGUUAUUUAUUGGAAUCUAAAAAGACUACACACUAUCUUUUCUAUUGUUUUCUAUUGUAAAGUAGCUUUCUUUGUUUUCUGUUCGACUUCCCAUUGUACACAUCCGGCAGACUGCUGUACACAUUGGUAUCAGUGGAUGUACAUUAUGUACGAGUUGUCGCCAGUGGUUUUCUGAUGUAAUAUUUUCCCUCUGCUGACCGUCAAAACCAACACGUCCAUGUGAAACGGGACUGAGAGAAGGCUCAUGAGGCCUCAGUCCCUUCAUGACAAACAUAUCUACUUCUAAAUUCAUUUUUUUUUAUGACAUUGCAUAUUCAGUUCAAUCUGAGGAAGAAAGAGGAAAAAAAUCACGUCAAAGAGUCACUUUUUAUAAACUGCAUGACAAGUAGCUCCAACUUAAAUCAAAAAAAUUGAUCUGGCUUUAUAGAAAAGAAAAAAGGUUAAAAAAUAAUUGUAAAAAUGUUGUGACGUGGAUCUUUUGCCGUAGCACAAUUCCUUGCAUCAUGUCUGAGAGUGAAUAUUGCCGUUAUGAUCUCUUGAGACAUCCUAGGGCUAAAAAUCGGGGAAACAAUAAUUAGUUUCUAUUCAGUGUGUGUAGUAUUUGUAUUACUAUUAAUGUCGUGUUCUCAUCUCACCACUUUCAAGAACGGGGGGGGGGGGGGGCAAAGCAUGAGGACAGAGCGAGGGCUUGACAAUAAAUUAUAAGAAAGGCAUUCAAUUUUUUUAGUUUUUUUUUUACAACUAUUAUUUAAGAUUAACAGCAAAGAAGUAAGCCAAUCCUUUCUGUAACUCAUCAUGGAUAUAACCUAAAUAAUCUGAAGGAGGAGGAAAAAAAAAAAAGCAUUGGUUCAUGUAUACGAA